UUUUUUUUUUUUUGUGAAUUAGCUUUGCCACUGUGGAUGACAAUAAAACAACGCGUAUUUUAAUGGAAGAAGAGGUUUAUGUAUUUUGAAGGAUAGCCUCAUAAUUCUUUCUAAACUCUAUCUGUGUGGAUAUUAAUACUUGCUGACUUCAAGAUGCUACCUGCGAAAUGGACCGUUUAUCGUGGAGCCCUAUUUAACAACGUUUCUCUCAGAUUAGUAAAAUCCUUGCGCACUUGAGGCUUGCUAUUUUCUUGGAUAAAUAAAUCCACAUAUUGUCUAUUGUUAUUCUUGUUGUUGAGGACAUUGAUUUAAAGAAGAAACAUAUCCAGGCUACUAUGCAAUUACAACUGAUAUCCUUGGUUUUAAUCUGUUUGCACUCUAUGGAAUACAUUGACAGCCAGCCCGCCUCCAGAAUCAGGCGACACAGAAAAGUACAUCCUGGAGUUAGCCAUGGUUGUCAAGGGGGAUGUGCGACGUGUUCCGAUUACAACGGGUGCUUGUCGUGUAAACCAAGGCUGUUUUUCUUCUUGGAGAGGAAUGGGAUGAGGCAGACCGGGGUGUGCCUGUCCUCGUGCCCGAGUGGUUACUACGGGACCAGAUCACCAGACAUUAACAAAUGCACAAAGUGUAAAGCAGACUGUGAUGCCUGCUUCAACAGAAACUUCUGCACAAAAUGUAAAGCUGGAUUUUAUGUACAUAUGGGGAGGUGUCUGGACACCUGUCCUGAUGAGUAUGAGCCCAAGGAACAGCACAUGGAGUGUACAGCUAUUGUGCACUGCGAGGUGGGUGAGUGGAGUCUGUGGAGUCCAUGCUCAAAGAGAGGGAAAACCUGUGGCUUCAAAAGAGGUGAGGAGUCGAGGACUCGAGAGACACUGCGCAUCCCCUCUGCUAGUGGAGACACUUGUCCAGCGACGAAAGAGAAGAGGAAAUGUGUUGUGCAGAGGAGAAGAUGUCGCAAAGGAGAAAGGAAAGAGGGAAGUGAGAGAAAGAGAAGGCCAAUCAAGGAGGAGAACAAAGAGGAGAACCAAGAGAGCAGGCAGGAAGAAAGGGACACUGACAACAAAGAGGAAUCGGAGAACAAAAACAAGACUGAACACAGGAGACGGAAAGCACAGAACAAGCAACACGUCUCUACAGUUGGGAGCACUGCACACUAACAGUCUCGCUGGAUUGUUAAGGCUCAAGAUGCUGCUACCUGUAUAUAGAAAUAUAUAAUGUAUAUAUACAUGGAAAAUACAUUAUGAGCAUGGAAUUAGUGCCAAUGCGGAGGGCAUCAGCAAGAACUGUCUUGAUUCUUUGCCCAGUACGGACCCUAGUAAAAGACUUAGAAUGCUACACACAAUAAGGAUGUGUUCAUUCCACAAAGAGCCUUUCUUUCAAUUUGGUAUUGCAACUGUCAAAUUGGUUUGAAUGUAGGUGUUGUGACAGUAUUUAGAUUUGCUGUGUAGAUGUCUAAUUAUAACUUGAGUAAAUUAAAACUGGGCUUUGUUUUAGACUUUAUUUACACACAGAAAAUGAAAACAAAAAAAUUCAAAUUCUGUGACUGCAUGCUGAUCAGUAAAUCUGACGCA